AAGUUCAAAUAAAGUAUUCUCUGGUUACACGUAUUGUUUAGUGUUCAUAAAACUAUUAUGAAGUUUAAACAUGGUAUAAGUUAACAUUUAAACAAGUUAUCUACGUUUUGCUUACUAAAUAAACUGAAAGAAUCAGUUUGCUCAUUGAGACAUCUCUCGGUUCAAUCUUUCAGUGACUCAAAAGAACGAUUCCUUCACUGACUGGUGUCAACAUGGCAGAUGAAGCAACUAGGAAAGCAGUUUCUGAAAUUCCGCUUUUAAAAACUAAUUCAGGACCAAGAGACAAGGAAUUAUGGGUUCAGAGACUACGAGAAGAAUAUUUAGCACUUAUAAAGUAUGUCGAAAAUAAUAAAGCAGCUGAUAAUGACUGGUUUCGUCUAGAGUCCAACAAAGAGGGCACAAGGUGGUUUGGAAAAUGCUGGUAUAUUCACGAGCUUCUCAAAUAUGAAUUUGACAUGGAAUUUGAUAUUCCAGUUACAUAUCCUGCCACAGCUCCUGAAGUGGCCAUUCCUGAGUUAGAUGGGAAGACGGCGAAGAUGUACAGAGGUGGAAAAAUCUGCCUGACAGAUCACUUCAAACCACUGUGGGCAAGAAAUGUGCCAAAGUUUGGUCUGGCUCAUCUUAUGGCUUUGGGACUUGGACCGUGGCUUGCAGUUGAGAUUCCAGACCUCAUUGCGAAAGGCUUAAUUCAACAUAAAGACCAAAACAGCUGAAAACAGGAGAAAAAAAAUUUUGCAUUACACCAUGUCUUAACAAUGCAAAUGACAAUUUUAACAACAGUUUGUUUGAGGUAAUUGGUGGCUUGAAUUGCUUAAAUUGGUUGCUUGAAUUGUUGCAUAUUUUUGUUUGUUGCUUCACAGUAGCUGUACUUAACAUUCGUGUGUGUGUACAUAUUUUUUUCUUUUCUCAGUAGACCAGUUACAUUGUCCAUGUAUGUUUCAUCAGUAAAACCUGGUAUACAAAUGUGGGACUGUUUCAACUUGUGGAAUCUCAUAUUUAUUCGAAAGCUUGUGAGGAUUUAAAUGGUCAAACUUUUAAUUUAAAGGAAUUAUUCACCCAUAAAUAAAGAUUCACUGAUUAUUUUUUCACCCU